AUGACAGGUGACGAAACAACACCACUGCUUCCCAGCAAGGGCAAAGGGAAAAAGUCCAAUUGGCUGCGAAAGGUUUGCCAUGUUGAAAAUCGCAUUUUGCUUGCGGGAUUUCUCAUUACAUUGGCUUUUAGUUUCACCCAAGUUCCACUAUUUUAUGUGUUUCAUUUAAUGACAUGCGAUUCUUUUUAUGAUACCCAUCCUCCAUAUGAUGGCCCAGGCGAUCGAUGUAGUCGCGAUGAAAUUGCUUCCAUGACUGCGACCCAGUUCAGCAUCUUGGGUAUGAGCACAACAUUCUGCGGCACAUUGAAUCUUUUUCUUGCAGGCUGGAUAGCCAAAAGGUUCGGUCCGCGCGUGGCGCUUCUAAUGCAAAUAUUUAUCCCGGCUAUCCGAGUCGUGACGCAAAUUCUUGGUGUUUUGACAGGCAAACGAGAAGGCAUGUUGAUCAUUCAGCUAACGCAAUUGAUUACGAUUUUUGGGGGACCAGCCGGUUACAUCCUGGUGAUCAAUAUCAUCGCUGGUGAAGUCGUCGAGCCUUUGAGAAGAACAGCAGUCUUUGGGCGACUUCAGGGCGCAAUCAUGUUGGGACAAGGCAUUGGCUAUCUGACACUAAUUAUCCCAGCUGGUGGUAUGCUCGGCGACAUUGACAUAAAAGCGCCUUUCGAAACAUCCUUCUGCUGUUUUAUAUUCUCAGGCAUCUAUGUCUGGAGCGUACUACCUUACAUAUCUCCAGAGUCCAUGUCCAGUGGUGGGAAGCCUGCGACGGGAUUCCUCACCCCUCUAAAAGUACUCAUGCCCCAAAAGCUGCGUUUGGUAGACGGGAAGACAAAAAAGCACCUCGGUGUCAUCUUCCUCUGCGGUGGUAUCUUCCUUGGGGUACUCGCGACAGACUAUGCACCUCUUCUUAUUCAGAUGUACGCAACCGCCGCGUUCAGUUUUACACAAGGAGACAAUGGUUGGCUUAUGUCCGAGUUUGCCAUCAUGAGGAGUUUCUUCUUGAUCUUUUUGUUUCCCCGUAUCAUCACAUGGGGACGCGGUUGGUAUGUCAACUCUCGGACAAUUUCAUCCGGUGAAGUGAAUGAAACGACCACGCAGCAUAUCCCAACCACUGCCGGGGAAUUCGAUGCGACUGUGGGUGAGCAAGCAGACCAUGAGCCCUACCAGGCUGUAAGCUCCAACAAAGAUGACGAAGGAUCUCGUUUCGAUCUUGUCUUCCUGCGAUGGAGUUUAGUCGUAGAUGGUCUUCUUACUACAGUAUCAGGUUUCGCAACACAGCGAUGGCAUAUUUAUCUUGGUACGUUCCUUACCCAGACAAAACCACACCCACUAAUCAACCGAGCAGCCGCCUUUCUUCUUCCCUUCGGCUCUGGCAGUGCACCUGCUGCCAAGGGUUGUAUCACACAAAUGUGCCCAGACUCCCAACGUGCAGAUGCUCUCAACGCUGUCACACUGGUAGAAAACAUUGCACGACUUGCUACACAGGGACUCUUCGGUCUGAUAUUUGCUACCUUGGCUCAAGCCGGCAAAGCCUACGCUACAUUUUUCUGCAAUGCGGCCAUCGCAAUCGUUGCUAUGGGAGUCCUUCUAUUAUCGAACUUUCCAACUCCCGGGAGCACAUUAAUUGAGCAAAAUGAUGGAGAGAAUGAGGGACCCGGCGGAAGCCGAGAGAACGAGCCCUUACUAAACGAAAGGGAGUAA